AUGAAAAAUCAUUUUUGUAUUCCUUUAGCUGAUGACAUGCACUGUCACUUAAGGCAAGACGAUAUGCUGGAUUUUACCGUAAAUUCCAUUAGAAGAGGCGGAUGUAAUCGUGUUUUAGUGAUGCCGAACACGAAUCCUAUUAUAAGUACUUGUAAUGAUGCACAAAAAUAUUUAUAUCAACUGAAAAGUCGUGAUGAUGAUAUAGAAUAUUUAAUGACCUUGUAUUUGAAUAAGAAUACGGAUGAAAACGAUAUAUUAAGUAAUUACUAUAAGUGUAAUUUACAAGGCGUAAAAAUAUAUCCUAGUAAUGUAACCACCAAUUCUAGUGAUGGCAUUACUAGCCUAGAACCUUAUUAUAAGGUAUUUCAUGCACUAGAAAAAUUAAAUAAGAGUAUACAUAUCCAUUGUGAGGAACCAAAUAUAAAUCCAUUAUAUGCUGAGGAAAGGUAUUUACCGCAUAUACAUGAUUUAGCUGUAAAGUUUCCAGGUUUGAAUAUUGUUUUAGAACAUAUAUCGUCAAGCGAAUCGAUAAAUGUUAUUAAACAAUUUCCAAAUGUAGCAGGUUCCAUAACACCUCAUCAUUUAUAUUUAACUAUAGAUGAUGUUGUUAAUAUGGAUAUAUAUGAUCAUGCAAUAGAUAACACAUCUAUUGAAAAAUAUAUAAAAAAUACAUAUCAUUAUUGUAAGCCAUUACCAAAAUUAUUAGAAGAUAAAAUUGCUUUACAAAAUGUUAUAAAAGAUGAUUUUCCAAGAGUCUUUUUGGGUUCGGAUUCAGCACCUCAUUACAAAGUUAUGAAGCGCAAACCCUACUAUAAACCAGGAAUAUACACACAACCAUUUUUAAUAAAUUAUGUUGCUCAUAUAUUCAACAAAUUCGAUGCAAUAGAUAAGAUGGAAAAUUUUACCUCAAAAAAUGCUUCCCUCUUUCUAAAUUUAGGAGAAAAAAAAUUGGCAAAAUAUUACAUAUAUGUGCAAAAACAUCCAUUUAAAUUACCAAAAGAAUAUAAUGGUGUAGUCCCCUUUUUGGCAGGGAAGACUUUGGAUUAUGACAUACAUUAUAUAAGUAAGUUUUAA